ACAAUCACGAGCAGAUGGAAACAGCCAAAUCACUGGUGGAUUAUCUCGAAGGAGAGAUUGAAAUGUUGAAAAAGUGCGCUGAAUGCUAUUCAAAUGCAGAGAAGCAUCCCAAUACAUGGUUUACGAUGACAUGCAAUGAACCGCAUCUCAUUGUUUGGGCGAAGAAAGUGGGCUUCACCUAUUGGCCAGCAAAAAUGAUUUCUAUCGACGGUCAACUGAUUAACGUGCGUUUUUUCGGUGAUCACGACUAUGCCGAAGUGCCGGCAACUAAUUGCUUUUUGUACUCGGACACCAACCCAAACAGGUCACGCAACACAACGGUAGCGUACAAGUCGGCAUUGAAGGAGGCCGAGGAGUACAUAAAAAAUGUUCGUCAAAAGUUCGGUGCGUAUAAUUUGUUCGAGACGAAAACGGCCUUUAAUCCGUCGUCAUUGGGGAAGUACAUCGUGCAAGUGAUUCCAAAGUUGGCUGGAUCGCAGAUGGUUAAAUCGAUAAAGGCCAAAUGUAAAAUACCCGAUCAAGGUGGCCGUAAGCCAAAUUCAGCUCCAAGCCCAAAGCCAAAUUCAACGCCAAAACCGAAGCCACGCAUCGAAGAGUCUGAACCGAUACAACGGACAGUUACAAUGACACCGAUCAGUCCACGAAAGAAUGUGGUUAUUGCUUUGGCUCGAAUUGAUCAAAAUGACGACGACAAAAUGUUAAAUCCAAAGAGAAACAGCUCAUCGUGCAAUGACAAGGAUUUACCGCGUGAGAAAAAAAUCAAAUUGUCUCAUGAAGAUACGACUGAGAAUGGUAUUCCAUCAGAAAUUCAAAACAGUGCUCCAGUAGUUGUCAUCCCGAACGAGUCGUUCAAUAACGCCAUGAACAACAAUGAUGCAAAGGACACGAACAAAAAUGAGACAAAUGACACGAACAAAAGUGAUUGCAAUGAAAAUGCCGUAGUAUCAUCGGCUGAUGGUAAAGAAACGAACGAUCAUGAUGAGCCAGUGAAAAAAAUGCUCAACUCAACGGAAAUGGAGUGUAGCGUCGAAGAUUCAACGCUCUUGAAUCAAAGCACUAUUUCGGAUUUGAGUUUUAUUGGCGGUUAUUCGGUUGAAGAGCCCACCUCAACGGCUUGUUGUGAUGGCGAUGACUGGGAUCCAUCGGUGAGCAAAGAAAUUGCCGAAGCAGCGAGGCUCACAGUGAUUUCACUCAUGGAAAACAAAUUAAAGUCAAAAUUCGAGAAUGUGAAGAAUAAAUUGUAUGCCGUGACAUUGGAACGAGAUCAGGCCGAACGAUUGAAGCUCAAGGCCAAAGACGAACAUGUCAAGCAAAUGGCCGAUCUCAAUGAAAAGUACGUUCAGUUGGUGGCCAAGGCAAAGAAAGACGCUGAAAAUGAACUGAAGGCCGAACUGGAGAAGCGCAUCAAGGCUGAAAAUGAUUUGAAAGAUGCCAAUCGUAUGAUGAACGAAAAAUUAGCCGAUGCCGAAAUAAAUCUUGCAAACGCCAAAAUUGUACACGAAGCAGAAAAAGAUGAACAAAACCGAAAGAUGGCCCAGCUUCAACAACAAAAAAAUGAAAUGGAGGCAGAGAAACAAGAAGCGAUCAGUAACAUGGCACUGAUGACUAAGGAACAUGGUGAAAAGAUUGCCGAACUGGAGGGUAAAUUACAAGAAAAGUCGGAUAAAGAAUCACAAUUAGAAGCCAGAUAUCGCGAUAUUGUGGCCGGCAUCAGACAGAAAGCGGAAGUUGAACGCAGAGAACGACAGUCGUGCGCCUGUUGCGGCAAAGCAUUGGAAAUGAAACGAAUCUGCAGCACUCAAUGCGAACAAAUGUGGGGAGUUUGGAAAAGCCCGGAUUCAUCGGAUAAAACAUUGGAAUGAAAGAAACCGCUUCAACGCUAGAUUUAUCAUGAAUUAUUUUGUAGAGAACGUUUCUAUGGAAAACGUUCGAUCGAAAAUUGUUUUAUAAUGAAUAAAAAAUGAAUUUUAAUGAAAAUGAAA